GGAGUAAGAAUUGUAUAUCUAGGCCACAUAACAUUCCUUGUGAAUUCUGUGUGCCACAUGUGGGGACAUCAAGCAUGGAACACUGGUGAUCUGUCUAGAAAUAAUUGGUUUGUGGCAUUGUUAGCAUUCGGAGAAGGAUGGCAUAAUAACCAUCAUGCCUUUGAGCACUCGGCAAGGCAUGGUCUAGAAUGGUGGCAACUUGACACAAGUUGGUGCACUAUUUGGACACUUCAAAAACUUGGUCUUGCUAAAAAUGUGAAGUUGCCUUCAGAUGCUCAGAAAAGAAAGAUGACAUUCAGAAAUAUCGACAACUCCAAACUAUCGGGCGAU